AUUGUGCUCAUUUUCAAGAUAUGGGCCGCAAGAAAAUCGAAAUAAAAUUUAUUAAGGAUGAGAAAAAUCGUUUGGUCACAUUUGCUAAGCGUAAAAGUGGUUUAUUCAAGAAAGCCUAUGAACUGAGCGUGCUGUGUGAAUGUGAAAUCGCCCUGCUGGUGUUUACACGUAGUAAUCGUCUAUAUCAGUACGCUAGUGUUACUGUGGAUCACGCUUUACAACGACUAAAAAAACAUCACCGUGCGAAUGAAUUCCUUAGUAAUUCUGACAUGGAAAGGCUGACAAAACGCCGUAUGAGACCAAAUUGUAAUGGCCUCGGGAUUACACCUCAACAGCCUUAUUCGAAUAUUAAGAAUGAAGAAAGCAACAAUGGUGAUGAUGAUGACGAUGAGGAUGAAGAAGAAGAAGAGGAGGAGCAGAAUUCUAUGCUGAAUGUAAAACAAAUGAACAACAACUGCAACAACACCAUCUGUCAGGUUGUCGAUGUGAAAAAACAAGAAUUUGACCAGGUUGAUAUGCAAUCAUCUAAUGUCAGGUUUGUCAUUGACACGCAGCCAACAUUUAAUAUCCAUUCUCAACGAUCAAUGACUAUUGUGGGAGAAAAUCAUAUGCGGCCGGUAAACACCUUGAGUUUACCACCUAAUCCUCUGAUUUCAUCAACAAACACAACGACAAGCGAAUAUUUAACCCAUAUUCAACCCGUUCUUUCUUCAUAUACAUCCAAUACGCAACUCCCGUUCUCCUCCGAUUCACACUUAGUUCAGUAUCACAGACCAUUACACCCAUCAACUGAGUGUUCUUCAACAGCCCCGUUUACCUGCAACAACCAUAUUAUCAACUCAAAGCCGUUGUCUGCUGCUUCGCUGAAGUCAACCAAUCAACCUCUAAAUCAAGGUAACAACAUUCUGCUCUCAGACCAACCAUCUAUGCCUUACCUUAUUCAUCAUUCAUCUAGUGCUCACUCAGUGCUACCAGCGAAUUGUUCAAAUAGAAACAAUGGACACUUAGUUGACGAUUCAUUUAUGAAUAGUUCUUUGACACAUUCUUACUGUAAUGCAACUGUUAUGAAUUCAAGUGCCUCUCAUAAUUUUCCUACUUCAAAUACAUCGGGUCCAACACAAUGUACAUUAUUAACACCGGUUCCAUAUACCCAAGAAUUGAAAGCUGAUCAACCUAUUUUCAUCUUAUCAUCCGUUGUUACUAAUAAUACCAAUCAUAAAAUUCUGAAUGCAAAUUUAAACUCUUCAAUUACUGUUAAAUCAGAAAUGACCUCCGAAAAUGAGCUCCAAGAUAUGCCGCGUGUAACUGAUGAACAUAAUUUUUCAGGACUCCAUGAACAGCAUAGACAAAUGAAUGACUACAGGUCAGAUGUUUACGAAAAUCGUAUCAAUCAUUUUGCGUCAAAUUCCAUGAAUAAUAUUGACAAGUCUAUAUCAUCAACAACAGCAAAAGCCUGUUCUGCGCGUACUUUUACACCAUCAGAACCUGAUAUAAUCUCACAAUGCAAUGCUUCAAACAACCCUAUAUCCGAGUCAUCAGUUUUACUGGUUAGAAGUUCUGAUGCCUCGUCUCAAACACCCUCCGAUAUUGUUGAUUUGGACUGUUUAUCCUCUUCAGCAUCAACAUCACUUUCCACAGUAAUACUGACUACAUCAAAAAUGUCAACUACAAACCAUGACAGCCAUACAAAUAAUGAUAAUAGUAAUAAUGUGGAUGAUAAUAACAGUUCGAAUGAAGUAAAAAGUUCAGGCAGUGAAAUGACAGCAAAUGAAGAAAGUUCCAGUAAUUCUGCUGUUGUACCGCAACAUCAACAACAGUCACGUCAAAGAAAAAUUCCAGCAAUGAAGCAUUUGCAGUUACCCUCCACUUGCAGUUCUACACUUCUGCGACAAACUAGUAUUCCCAAGGGUUACUUUUUAUCAACGCCAGAAGUAAUAAAUGAACUUGGUCGUUUAGAUGGUCAGCGAAAUACAAAUUCAUCAGUAGAUAGUCCAGAUGUUCAUCCACUUAGUCAUGCAAUGUCUCCUGCUGAUUUGAUUUAUCGAUUAGGAUUACACCAACUCUUAUCAUUGUCACCGGCUCCUCCGAAUUCUCGUGAACCACCACCUUUCCCUCCCAGUCAAAGUCCGACACCUAGUUCAUUACCAUCGAACUCAAACUCUGGAAACCUUCAGAAUACUCAAGCUUCAAUAGUCAAUCAGUCAUCAUGUGCGGAUAUGUUACCUACCAAUUGUGAAUUUUCUGAAGGUGUCAGAAUACUUGUUCGGUCAGUUUUGCGCACAAGAGACCUAGAUCUUAUAGCGCCUCAGGACUUCACUCAAGGGUGCUUCUGUCUAUCCUGAGUUCUGCCUCCGUUAAUUACUGUGUGAUAUGGACACCAUUUGAUGGUCCAUGAAUUUUACAAGACCUCUCAUCCUACUUCCAAAUGUCAUGACAAUACAGCCAACCAACGUCAACUCUCGAGUGCUAACAGUUGUCGCUUUCUGAACUUACACUGUAGUUGUGGUGGACAGUACCGAAGAGAUGUCAUUCAGGUAACCAAUUAUUAUCCAUAACACUGGAAUUACUAUUUCGUAUUAUAAAGCAUAACUUUUCGUAUUCGUGUAUCGUUGUGUCUAUUUUAGUUAACUAUAAUUAACUUGAUAUUUUGGUUUGCUUGACAUCUCUUUGGGUCCGCUAGAAAUGACAGGCUAAGUGAGAAAAGAUAAACGUUUGGAAAGCACUUUUAAAAUGCCAUAUGUCGCACACAGACGUUUUACAACCUAAGGGCUAUCUUUUGCCGGUUGUGAAAUGGUCUUUGAUCGCCUUCCAGAGCAGUUCUAACAAUGAGGAUGACCCUGCGUACCGCAACGGAGGUCGAAGGCUUCCUUUCAACUCCUGCAUAAACCGAUAGCCACAGUCAUCCACGAGACCCCAGAAGAAAAUACAUUCAUACUAUCCAGCGAUGAUUACGGUAGUUGAGAUACAUGAGGUAGUGUUGAAUACUAACAGGGACAGUCUUUAUGCUUCUGCUACGCUCAUUAAAGAUUCGUCCCGAUUAGCGGACGUCAAAUUCAGAUGCCAGGGGCUCAAAUUAGAAUUUCUACACCUUUAUAUGGAGAGAGUCAAGCAGAUUGUUUUGACUCAGCAAAGACUGCAGAAUCUGCCUUGGGAAAAAUCCUCGCUCUCAUGGUUCUGCUGGAACUUGUCGGAUAGCAGUAUCUCCUUUUACUUUAUCAAGCAAUCCUCCACAGUCAGUUUCCACAGAAAUGGUGCUUUUUCAGAAUCUCGUUAAACUACUUCACGGUAAUAUGUGAAGACCCAAAGGCAAAAUGGAGGAAAUACUAUCCUUUUGUUCCUACCUUCUUCCCAAAUCACAAUCCUUACAAACUUGGUCUUCGUUGCACAUUAGUGACACGGAAUCGAGCAUUAACUAUAUGCCUCCGCUCAGGAGAGAUAGGAAGUAAAAGGAGUAAUCAGAAGCUGGGGCGUACAUGAGAAACCAGUUUAAAAGCGACCAUACUACUGACGCUGACCCUACAGAGCUUCUAGACCAGGUCUUGUGCCACCUCACAUUCAUAUACUAAGUACCUGGUAGCGAGAGUCUGCCAACCUCCUACUGGGGAUAUGGAACGCAAGUAGCACCUACUUCAAAUGAUAUACACGGUGUCAACUAUUUGGUACCACCAGGUCAUCAAAGUGUGUGAUUCUUACGGCCCAACAUUCAAUCUUGAUCGAAGAUUCCUAAUCGCCAUUGAAAAAGCUGGGCUGAAUAAAAAGAUGGGAGAUGAGAAUCGUUAAUUCUAAAGGGAAGGUCAUCAAAAAGAAUUGUCUUCUCGCUGGCGACUACCCAAUAAUACAGAACGGUGAGUUUAAACUGCCUCUAGCAGCAGUGAUCGUGGUAUGACAGUGUUUGAUCUGAAACUCAGCAAACAACGGCAACCUGCUGAGGCCUAGGAUACCAAACGUUUCCUCUAAACAUUUAUAUCACAUUUUUUCCUUUCAAUUUGUUUCGAUCGUUUAAAUAUUUCCUUUAAACAUAUUUUGUACUCUUGCACAUCUGAAAAAUGUACAAGCAACUUGCCGUUUCUCUAGCUAAUAAUAAAACGGAGAAAAAAUGUCACACUUUAUGGAACGGAACUUUUCAGUGAGCUAAAGCGCAUCACAUUUCUUUAUCUCAGAUACUUAGCCUGAUUUACUUAUUCUUGUACUGGCUGAGUGAACUGUUGCUACUAACUUAAGCUUGCAUUUUUGUUGCUUCUUCAUUAUGGACCGGGCGAUAAUCCAAAAUCAACUGGCUCCUUCACAAUGUUGCCUUGAAUACUGUUAUUAUUAACAUCAUUCAAGUGUAAUAAUAAUUCCGCUUGAAAACAUUAUUCUGGAGUUAUUUUGUUGAAAAAUUACAUGCUGAGGCUUUCACACUGUAAAAUACAUAUUUUUUGGAAUAUGGUUAUUAUUAUUAUUAUUGCUAUAGUGGAAGUGCUUUUGUAGUGAUGUUUGGAACUACAUGGAUGUCAACUAAGGCACUGGAUAGAGGGCAUAUAGCGUGAGGUACUGACACACUCCUAGGUCACGUUCGCCUCAGUCAGUUAGUCUUAAGAUGCGUUCUAAGGAGCGGUUAUUCUGUUUAGCGUGACAAUGGCCUAAAGAUAGUGUUUUCAGCUAUAGGCAAGAUGUCUGACGAUGUAACAGCAGUGUUUUACAGAGUUAUGAUGUUUAAGCAUUUUAGCAGUUGAAAUGCAUUCCAAGAAGCGUUUUUAAAGUUCGAUAAGGCACUGUAACAGAAGAAAUCAGGUUUUUAUGAACUGGUAAUUGCACAUUAGGAGGCUAAUACGCACUAUAUAGUUAAGGUUAGUCGGAGAAAUGACAGUUACGCGGUACUGCGAUAUGACUUUGGUAUAUAUAUUUGUACCUUCAAACAGAAAAGGCGUAAUAGAUCAAGUGGUAUUAGAAUGAGAAUCCCAUAGGUGCUUUCUUUAGUGUUAAUUUACAUUCCCAUAAGUUUAAAUACAUGGAAUGCCACUAAUCUUUCUGUGUUAGACGCGUGAACAAUGAGCUGGUAGUUUCAUGCAUUAAAGGAAAACACAGUCAUUUGUGUACACUGAAGUCCAUUCGAAGACACCUGUUGGAAAGCGAAAUACUGUAUAUUAAGCCUUUCAUGGAGCGCAAUACAUCUAUAUUUGAAUUAUUACAACCUCAACCUUUGAGGAUGAUUACGAAACAAUAAAAUUAAGAAAUGAUUGUCAAUCUAGAAAACUCUAUGUAAUUAUUAGGUUCCUCAUUGUAAUUGUAGUAAUAAAGCUUCCUAUUUCUACACACCUGUUCUGAUUCCAUCCUUGGAGAAUUGGUCCUAAUUAUCUAACUGAAUGCUUUACAUAUAUACUUAGCAACUCAGAUUAUGAGUCUUUUAAAUAGGUAUAAUAUAACGCGGUACUUCCAAGUACUUCGUCAUUUCACACCUCAAGAACUUAUUAAGACUGUCAUUUCAGAAAACUGCAGCAUUUAGAAAAUUGUUUACUUUGGCGAAUAGCAUAAAUGAUAGUUUUACAAAGUUUGUAAUGACCAUUUCUUCUUACUCUUCCUCAUUUACCACCAAGUUCAGUAUCCUUCCGCCUAAAAUUGAAUUUUAACAUAAGGUACGAGUGGAUAACGGGGAUAUAUAAUUUUCCGCUGGUAUAAGAUGAAGCAACCAGUCACCAACGUGUUCUUCAUUACAGCAUUCUCAGUUGUCUAUAUGAAUAUACACCGGCUUCAACAUACAAUUUUAGGUUGCUUAAGCAACCUCUCCUUUUGUGUUAUUCAUUUAACAGACAUUAUCAAACCACCUAUUGGUAACAUUAAUUUAUUAAUGAGACAUCCGAAUAAGCCAGUGUGUUACGAACAGCAGAGUUGGUAUUAAAACUCCAUUCACCUUCAAUCCUAUUAAAUGGGUUAGCAUCAACCAACCUUUUGGAUGGCUUCGUACCGUUUAAUAACAUUUGGUUUAUCCUGAAAUGGGCGCUUCAACCUAAAAUUCACAUAUUAUGCAGGUAUUCUGCAGCAAAAACAAAAUAUAUCCUAAAUAAUUAUGUGCGUGCAUGCGUUAAUAGCACAUAAAUUUCACUUUUUUUUCACACUUUCAACACUUCUCGGCACACAAAAUCAAGAUUUAUGCUGUUAAAUAUACAGUAUAAGUAAUAUUUUAACCAAACGAAAACGCCUGGCGAUCUUCCUAAUCAACUGAUUAUGCACUAUAUAUCCAAUCCCGUCAACUAAUAUCUAUCAGUAUUAUAAGUUGCAGUCAGUUUUGAUAUUACGACAGAGACUUAUGUCCUCCCCUCUGUAGCAUCUGGGACCAUUCAAAUGUAAAUUUCUUCACCAUUAUCAGUUUGGUAAUGCCUGUAAACCGGCUUGUCUCUUGCUAAAUUCAUAAUUUCAGAAUCCAGUGUCCAAUAUCUGUCUAACGAACUUUUCUAAACUCGUCUAUUUCUUGGUGCUCACUUCUAGAACUUGCAGAACGGUUCUAGGUCUGGCGGAUUUCGAUGCAGUAGAUCCAGCCACUUGUCUACUACAACUCUAGUAUACUCAACAGGUGUUUGAGUGUUGAUUACUUCUCCUGACACUGUGGUGGAGUUGGGCUCUUCACAUGUUGACUCGCCAGACAGUUGUUCGAACUGUUCGUUAAACAGAGUUGGAGGUAUUGAAGAGAUCACUUAGGAAGACAAAUGUAUGUGAGUAGAAGACGAAGAAAAGUGAAAUGAAGGAGUGACCAACUCACAUCCAAGUAAAACGAGAGGUGUUCAAAGACAUGCAGAAAUUAGGUGAAUGAGGUUAAAUCAUAGCGAAUAGGAGGGAUAGAAAAAACUCAAGUGAGUAGAGUAAGAAGAGAAUUAGUGUAGGGGUAACAGUAUUAGAGUGGUGUGACAGCAGUUGGUUUCUUCGUUUCAGUUCAUAUUCUAACAGGACGAGGGCAAACCGUGGGUCACUGCACAACUGUCUAGCUUUUUCUGGAAACUGUCGAUAGUUGGAGUAGAGGCUACCUCUGAAAGUAGUGGAUUCCAGUGGCCGAAAACUUGAAGGGGGAAGGAGUGUGAACACACAAAAGGUCUAGACCUUGGUGAGAAAGCCUCUUCGGAAUCCCACGAAGAUUACCAUGGUGGCCACUUGGUAGUAUCCCUCUGCUUGGGUGAUGUGUGUCAUCUAGUGUUUUGUAAGCCGCUACCAAAUCACCUCGCGAUCUUCGGUAACUAGCAGAAUACAGGCCUAGGUCUUUUGGCCUAUCCUCGUAUGGUUUUGAUGCCUCUCUACAAUACCCUUUGUGGCUCAGCUUUUAACAUUCUCCAGAAGGUUCACGCUUCUUUUCAGGUAUAGUGGAGCGAAGGCGUUAGAGACCUCAAAAUGGGGUGAUAUGCAGGUCCCCUAGGGUACCAGAAACAGCUCUACGCCCAAAGUAUGGUACAGCGCAUGCUUUUGAGGCAUCUUCUGGAUAGUACAGACCAGUGUCCAGCUUCUCCGUUACCAUUAAACCCAGGUUUGUCUCCCCCUCAGCAUGAGAAAGAUGUGAACCACAGAGAGAGUAAGAAAACUUUCUGUGGAUCAAAGACACGGAAAAACUUGGAUUGGAUCCGAGUCAGUUGCCGAUUCGUAUUUUUUUGCCCACCACUUAGUGUCUAAAGGUCAUCAUCCCGUGCAGUUGGUUAUGUUCAGCACUCUGAUGCUCUCCAUAACGUGAUAUCACCAGCGUAACGAAGAAUAGUAUCCCUGAUAUAUAGCGAGAGGUCAUCCAUGAACAGUAGGGACAAAUACGAGUCCGGAAUUGCUCCCUGUGAUACACCGCACGAUGAUACUCUCCAAAAUGAAUAAACCCUGUUGACUUUCGUCCGGAGCUCACCACCGUCUAAUUAAUUCUGCGACCACAAUAACACCUGGUUGUGGGUACCCAGUGUUGCUAUUUUGUGCGUUUAGAUGGCAUGUGAGACCAUGUCAAAGAUAGGCGAACAAUAGCGCAGAUUGAGAUCUUGAGGUACCAGCACGCUUUACAGUGAUCAGUGGAUGCCAGGAGGCUUUAGGCACAGGACCUACCUUUUCGGAAGCCGUGAUGGACGAAAUCGAAUACUUGCUUUUUCCUAUGUAUUCCCUGAUGUGCUUGUCUAUCACACUUUCUAUAACUUCUGAUAUUACUGGUUAAAGUGUUAUGGGUCGGAAACGGUUCGGCUUCUGCAUGUCUUCUCCUUUGAAGAAAGGGGAAAGGAUGGGGCAUUUCCACUCCCAUGAGAGCCUCAGUUCAUCUAAGGAGUUUUAGGAAACGUUGCUGAGUAAAUGAAUGUUUUAUUCUCACAUUAGUAACUUAAUAUGACAAAAGCCAGUUUACAGGCACCACACUGAUAUAUAUCGAAAAAUCCACAAGAUUUUACGAGCUCUGGAUGUUACAGUUGGUAUGUCAUUAAAUUCUAUUAAAAACAGCAAAAGAUCAUGCUGGUCAUGAAACAAACGAGAAAAUAUCACUUUUCAGCGUAUACAGAGUGUUAAAAUUUAGAUAAUAAAGAUUAUCCUAACAUAAUAGAUCAAUAAACGAUCAUCAAACUGAUAAUUCAUGAAAGUUUACGAAAUGUUAUUAAGUAUUAAAUAAUUCACAUAUCAAGUUAUUGAUGUGCACAAUCUUAUUACAACUUACUGUAAUUCAUUAGACUGGUAUGGAUUUUUAUCUCCCUUCACACAGACAGGUCCCACUACUGGGAACGAAACCGCGCAGUGUCCGAAGUUUGCGUUAUAACCAGUUGACGUUGUUAUUCCAUUUCCAUAGUUUGUUAUUUAGUAAUACAACCCUCUAUUCUUUUAAAAAUUCCUGAGUUUAUAGGUUUGCUAACCAGAAAGGACUCAUUUAUACGAUCUGAAGUAUCGGUAAAGUAUCCACAGUUGUGUAACCAAGGUGACUGUCUAAAUCAAAGCAUUGCCAGGUCACCAUGAGUAACCCUGCUGCGUCAUUUAACGUUGGCGGCUGUUAAGACUGUGGGUACACGUGCUGGUGUGAUGGGAUGCUGAGCUGCAUGUCAAAGGUAGUAGCUAACAUUUCGGCGAUCUCCUGUUCGGAGAGGUUUUCUCCAUUCUGUCGUUUGAUGACCCAUGCUCCUUGGCUUGUAGAUUUUCCGUUCGCCAUGAAUCUGCAUAUGUUUUCGAGGUUUACCGCAAACUUCCGGACGAAACUGGGCUGCAACGACCUCUUGUCUCCACGCAUACUGAUGUUGCACCGAUUUUGUAGGAGUUGCUGUUACCACAAAGAGGAAUCUUUCCGAAAUCGCCACUUUAUUGAUAUCUCUAACUAGUGCUCAGUGCUGGCCAGCCGGCAAGGAGCGCCUAUCUACUGCCUAUGAAGUUAUCGACAGAUGUUUUCAACCAAUAGAUGGUCACUAUUUGGCAUAUAAUCAAGCCUAGAUGAUUUUCCGCCUGGCCUCCAGUCGGUACCGCCCCUUAUCUUUUCGUGCAACCCAGCCAUUUGGGUAGUGUUCGGCAGGUUUCGGUCUAACUUCCGGCCAGGAAACGGACUGCCCUGCCGUGAGCUGAAAGUCGGGAUGUUGGAGUGACCAGGUAUUAGGAGGCGGUCACAAUCUC